CAGCCGGUACAAGGCCCGCGCGGGCGGCGGCGCGGCCCCAUUCAUCGCACACGGCAUGGCCGGGGGCGGCGGCGCGGAGCGGGCCCGGGCCGGGGGGCUCCUGCCGCCCGCCCGCCGCCAGCCCCUCCGCAGGGAGAGCCGGGAGCGGCUGUCGGUGUGCAGCAAGCUGUGCUACGCCGUCGGGGGGGCCCCUUACCAGAUCACGGGCUGCGCGCUCGGCUUCUUCCUCCAGAUCUACCUCCUGGACGUGGCACAGCUGGACCCUUUCUCCGCUUCCAUCAUCCUGUUUGUGGGGCGAGCCUGGGACGCUGUCACAGACCCCAUGGUGGGCUUCUUCAUCAGCAAGACAUCAUGGACCCGCUUUGGCCGCCUGAUGCCCUGGAUCAUCUUUUCCACCCCAUUUGCUGUCAUUUCCUACUUCCUCAUCUGGUUUGUGCCGGACAUCUCCAGAGGCCAAGUGAUGUGGUACCUUGUCUUCUACUGCAUCUUCCAGACCCUUGUGACGUGCUUCCACGUGCCUUACUCAGCGCUGACCAUGUUCAUCAGCAGGGAGCAGAGCGAGCGGGACUCGGCCACUGCCUACCGUAUGACAGUGGAAGUGCUGGGCACUGUGCUGGGCACCGCCAUCCAGGGCCAGAUCGUGGGCAAGGCGGUUACUCCCUGCAUCGAGAGUGCCCUCUUCAUUGGCAAAGCCAACUCCUCGGUGGCCAUGGAGGAGCUGAACAUGACCCACGACACCGGCUCGCUCACAGACACGAGGAACGCCUACAUGAUCGCUGCGGGGGUCAUCGGGGGGCUCUACAUCCUCUGCGCCGUGGUGCUGUCGGUGGGCGUGCGGGAGAAGAGAGAGUCCUCUGAGCUGCAGUCGGACGAGCCUGUCUCCUUCUUCCAGGGGCUGAAGCUGGUGAUGAACCACGGUGCCUACAUCAAGCUCAUUGCCGGCUUCCUCUUCACCUCCCUGGCCUUCAUGCUGCUGGAGGGGAACUUUGCCCUCUUCUGCACCUACACCCUGGGCUUCCGCAAUGAGUUCCAGAACGUGCUCCUGGCCAUCAUGCUCUCGGCCACCUUGACCAUUCCCCUCUGGCAGUGGUUCCUCACCCGCUUUGGGAAGAAGACUGCUGUCUACGUGGGCAUCUCGUCUGCCAUCCCCUUCCUCAUCAUGGUGGUUGUCCUGGACAGUAACCUCUUCGUCACUUACAUCGUGGCUGUUGCAGCUGGGAUCAGCGUCGCAGCCGCCUUCCUCCUGCCCUGGUCCAUGCUCCCGGAUGUCAUAGAUGACUUCAAGCUGCAGCAUCCUGACUCCCAUGGCCACGAAGCCAUUUUCUUCUCCUUUUAUGUCUUCUUCACCAAGUUUACCUCUGGCGUCUCCCUGGGCAUCUCCACACUCAGCUUAGACUUUGCAGGGUACCAGACCCGGGGCUGCUCGCAGCCCAGCGAUGUGAACUUCACCUUGAAGAUGCUGGUGUCGGCCGUGCCCGUGGGACUGAUCCUGCUGGGCCUGCUCCUGUUCAAGCUGUACCCCAUCGAUGAGGAGAAGCGGAGGAAAAACAAGAAAGCCCUGCAGGACCUGAGGGAGGAGAGCAACAGCAGCUCCGAGUCGGAUAACACAGAACUGGCCAGCAUCGUGUGAGCCGCGCCGGGGCUCUCCGGGG